CCUUUACUCUAAGUUAGAUUUCAGUUACGUUAGUCUUCAAUAAAACAAAAUUAAAACCCUAGAGUUUAACCUGUUCGCCUGUUCGGUGCCUCAACAUAGACGAAGGGAUAGUAUCUCUAAAGAAAACUGCAAAUGACAAAGGCUGGACGAAUAAUGGAGAAACGCAAGAGACGAAGGAGAAACGCAGGCAACGCAGUGAACUGAUUCUAUAAUGGAGAAUGAUAAAUCGUAAGAAUGGAAACCAACACUGCAAAUGAACCCUCAGAAGAACCAUCAGAUCCUCCUAACAGAAUAUUACAAAUACAUUUCAAUGAUAAUCAAGAGAUGAUCCAUCCGGAUAAUGGCGGCGUGUUUCAGUGGAGAGGCAACAAUACCAUCACUGCAACUCGUUUGGAGAGAUUGAAGUCUAGAAGCCAACAAGUUGCUGAAAAUGCUAGACCUUCUAGGAAAAGGCAUAUCACAGAAAUGGAAAUUUCUCAAGAAGUGGAAAAUGGUGACCAAAGUGAAAUAGCAAGACCCAGAUUCCAUCAACUGUUUGAUUCAAUGGAAAAUUCUGGGCCCGACAUGUCCCAAGUUAUUUACCCCAUGCAGCAGUAGCUAAAAGUCUUUAAAGUAGGAGUUUCUUUUUUGUUAUUUACCACUUGUAUCAGCAAUUGCUAGUUGAAGCUGGAAACUGUAUGCAUUACCUUUAUGUAAGCUACAAAUUGUAUACAUUACCUCAAGUAGCAGGUUGUUUUGUUAGAUACAUACGGUAUGUAAUAGUUUUGUUUAGAUACAUUUUGAAUGUUUGAUAACUAUUUUUUGCAAGAAGGAAGUGCUAAUUUCAUUGAA